AUGGAGGAAAAUCUGAAGUCGAUGCGGGAUGAGGUGGAGAAAAUGGAUUUGAAGGCGGAGGAGAGUUACGAUCGCGCGGGUGCUAGACUGCUCGACCUGUUUAACGGCAGGAAGGAACGCGAAGCCCAAUCGUUCUUCGACACGUGGCGUCGCAUGAACCCGCACGAGCCGUGGCCGCCUUCCUCGCCGCUCUCUCGGCGGCUCGAGGAGUGGAAUCGCCGGCCGGCGAGAACGCCCGUGGCGGCGGGAAACGCGGAGAAGAGCGGCGGGGGGAUGGGGCUGCUGGCGAAGCUUCGCGCGCAAGUGCGGCGACGCGCGAGAGGGAAGCGCGCUAGCAGUAUCACUGCUACUACUGGUAGCAGUAGUGAUAGCAGUACUAAUGUAACCCGAUCGCGAGGCCCGUGGAAGAAACGGUUGAGCGACUCGGACGUGGUGAUGGUGCUGCUCGUGCACAACCGGCCGGCGUACCUGCGACGCACGCUGGAGGCGCUGAGCAAGGUGGAAGGCAUUCAAGACACGCUGCUCAUCGUCAGCCACGACGGGUACUACCCCGAGAUGCACGCGCUGGUGCGCGGAAUCACGUUCUGCGCCGUCAAGCAGCUCUACUUCCCGCUCUCCCCGCACCUCUUCAGCGCCUCCUUCCCCGCCGCCUCCCCCGCCGACUGCCAGGGGAGCGCGCACGACGCCACGGGAGGGGGAGAAUGUACGGGGCAGGCGGACCAAUACGGGUCGUUCAGGGAUCCGCGGAGGCUGUCUCUCAAGCACCACUGGUGGUGGGCGAUGAACGCGGUGUGGGGGGGCGUGGAGGAGACGCGGGGGUAUGGAGGGCACGUGGUAUGGGUGGAGGAGGACCAUCUGCUCUUCCCCAACGCCCUGCGCCACCUGCGCGCGCUCCUCCACGCCAAGCACGCGCGCUGCCCCCACUGCAUCGCCGCCAACCUCGCGCCCUCCGAUGUGGUCUCCAUACAGGACGACGAGCCGGGGGUGUUUUCAGCGGAGCGCAUGGGCAAUGUGGGGUAUGCGUUCAACCGCAGCGUGUGGGAGCUCAUUCACGCGCAGGCCAAGUCACCCUAUCCCUGCCAACCACCCACCCCAUUUCUGCCAAUCAACCACCCUAUCCCUGCCAACCGCCCCACACCCCGCAUCCCCCAGCCGUUCUGCCUGUACGACGACUACAACUGGGACCUGACCCUCUGGUCGUCCGUGCUGCGCCGCCUGCCCUCCUCGUGGUCGCUGCGCUGGUCCCGCGCCAGCGCCCACCACGUGGGGUCCUGUGGGCUGCACUCUGGGCAGGGGGACUCGCAGGGCAAGAGUAACACUAGUGCAGCUGCUGCUGUGAAAGGGAGUGGUGGGGAAGGGAGCGAGAAGGAUGGGGAGGAGGGCAAGAAGGAGGAGAAGAGUGCGGGGUGUAGUAUAGGAGAGGAUGGGAUAGAGAAGGUGCAGUUGUUGGAUGAGGACCAUUGGAUGAUGGUGAAUGCCUCUGCUCCUGUUGUGGAACGCGAGGAGGAGAAGCGGUGGACGAUGUUUCAGGGAUGGGUGUGUCUGGACGGGUCCGCGCCCGGCUUCUACUACCGGCGAGGCCAUGGCAGCGGCGCUAACAAAUGGCUGCUCAACUUCCGGUCGGGAGCAUGGUGCACGUCCCCCUGGGACUGUUACAACCGCAGCUCGUCGCUGUGGGGCAGCUCCAACCACUUCCCUGACGUGCUGCCCACACCCGGCAUUCUCAGCGCCCAGAGCGACGUCAACCCAGAUAUGCAUGACUGGAACCUGGUCAUCUUCCCAUACUGCGAUGGUGCGUCUUUCUCUGGUGACAGGCAGGACCCACUGGUCUUUGAGGGAGUGCCGCUCUACUCUCGCGGGCGGCGCAUUCUCGACUUUCUCCUCGCGCACCUCACAACCAGAUUCCACAUGGGCACGGCACAGCGGGUGCUCAUAUCGGGGUGUUCAGCAGGCGCCCUGGUGGUGUAUCUGCACUGUGACUACAUCCGCCACGCACACAUGCCCCCCUCCGCGUCCGUGCAGUGCCUUGCAGACUCGGGCCUCUUUCUUGACAUUCCAGACAUCAGUGGUGGCAGGGCGGCUCAGACGCUCUUCCGCUCCGUGCUCGCCAUCCAUGUGCGUGUGCUCGCCAUCCAUGUGCGUGUGCUCGCCAUCCAUGUGCGUGUGCUCGCCAUCCAUGUGCGUGUGCUCGCCAUCCAUCCUCACCAUGCCUCGCUGUGCUUCUGUGCUGUGCUGCACACGUGGCAGAAUGUGACUGGCAGUCUUCCCGCCUCCUGCGUCUCCUCUCGUCCACCUGGAGACCACUAUCAGGUAAGCUCUGCUCCUAUCACCUCUGCUGCUAUCACUUCUGCUGCUAUCACCUCUGCUGCUAACACCUCUGCUGCUAUCACCUCUGCUGCUAUCACUUCUGCUGCUAUCACCUCUGCUGCUAUUAUCACCUGUGCUGCUAACACCUGUGGUGCAUACGAGUCUAAGUCUCUACGUGCUACCACACGCGCCAUGCUAUCGCAGCUACUACCUCUCCUUAGGACACCCACGUUCAUCAUCAACAGCAACUACGACCUCUGGUUGUUGCGGCACGCACUGGCCCCACCAGAGGCGGACCCGUCAGGCGAGCUCAUCGCCAGCUGCUUGAGGAAGCUGCACACGUGCAACCAAUCCCAGCUCGCCACCUUGCAAGGUGAGGGAAGAGGAGCGGGAGCGGGGCAAAGGGGUGUGCAGCAGCGGCACGGGGUGUUUCUGUUCUCGUGCCUGACCCACUGCACAAGCCACUAUGAGGACCACUGGCUGCGACUCACCGUGCUCAACCAGACUCUGAUGCACGCUGUGGGCCAAUGGCUGCGAGCCGUGCACAAUACCACAGAGGCACAAGGCAGUAGCAGCGGUGGCACGGGGGGGUUUGAGGCAGCGCUGAUAGACUGCCCGUACCCGUGCAACUCGUGCAACGUGCGGGCCCCGCCUCUCAUGGCACCCUCAGCUCAAAAACAGGUGGAAGCAAGUCAAGGGCACGAGGGGGCCGUGCAAGGGCAGGGGGCGGUAGCACAAAGGCAGGCGGCUCAAGGGCAAGCAUCUCAAGGGCAGGUGAACGCAAGUGCAGCUCAGGGGCAGGGCAAGACAGAGGCCCCACGAGCACAGGUGGGAGCACAGGCAGGGCAAGUGCAGGUGAAGGAAACAGAGGUGGUGCAGCGGGAGAGGGGCGUGCCAAUACAGACAGAACAGGCUGGCCCGGUGGCACCAGACGCAGGUGGAGUUCAAACUACCGUUUGA